AUGCAGUUCAAAUCAUUCGCCGUCGCUUCUUUAGCUACCGUCGCAUCUGUCGUCUCUGCCACAGGUUACACUGUUGGUGAUGACUGGACCACUUUAAAGCCAAACACCACAUAUGCUUGCGGUUACACUAACUACACCACUGCUUUCGGUAUUGCCAUCCAAACCAUUGCUACUUCUUCUUCUAUUUCUUCUUCUGCCAAGGCUACCUCCACCACUUCCUCCACUUCUACUUUGAAGCCAUCCUCUUCUUCUUCUACCGCUAGUACCUGUACUACUGCCGCCACUUUUACUCCAAACGCUGUUUCCUGUAGCGCCAGUGGUACUUUAGAAUUAACCCUAGAAGACGGUAUCUUAACUGAUGCCAAGGGCAGAAUCGGUUCUAUCGUUGCCAACAGACAAUUCCAAUUCGAUGGUCCACCACCACAAGCCGGUGCCAUCUACGCUGCUGGUUGGUCUAUCACCCCAGAAGGUAACUUAGCUAUUGGUGACAACGAUGUCUUCUAUCAAUGUCUAUCCGGUACCUUCUACAACUUGUAUGAUGAAAGCAUCGGUGCUCAAUGUUCUCCAGUCCACUUAGAAGCGGUAGAAUUAACUACUUGUUAA